GCCCUUUUUGUGACGUAGGCGGGACUGCGGGGCAGAAGCCUCGCUCUCCUCUCCUCUGGAUCCGUCUCUCAUUAGUACUUCUUCCAUCUCUCUCAACUGCUGACUACCUGUGUCUACCUUCGGUAUCCAUCUUCUCAUGUCAUAGGAAUUGACAUUGUGUUGAAAAUGCAGGAGCUUUUGGAAAGCAAGAGGACUAAUGAAGAAUACACAGGGAAAUCCUUGAAGCUUACAAGCUGAAAGUGAGAUUCAUAAGAAAAAGAUUCAUAACUUAGUUAACAAAGCAGAGAAUCAUAGAGUUGAAAGAGACCAUCAAGGGCCAUCAAAUCCAACACAAACCCCCUACAGAUAGCCAUCCAACCUCUGCUUUAAAAACCUCCAAAGAAGGGGACUGCAUCACACUUGAAGGCUGGAUUACUUCUUAGCUGAUGACAAGAUUUCUACCUUAUCCUUCAAUCAAUAUUCUCUACAACAUGCUUCAGCUUCCAUAUUUAUACAAAAUCUGGAAUCAGUUUCUUUUUCACAGUUUAAUUAAAUCUAGUCCAAUUUGUUUAGAUAUAUGGGUUAAAAACAUACACUCUUCAUUAGUCAGUAAAUGUGAAACUGAAAAACAAUCAUUGCCUUUGCAUGAUAAUGAAAACUUCCUGUAUAGAGUAGACAAUGAAGAUAAUCAACAACUGCAUAUACCAGUUAUGGUCAAGGAGGUUGUUAAUUUUUUGGCACCACAGAAUGGCCAGUGUAUUCUUGAUAUGACAUUUGGAGCUGGUGGCCAUACCAAGGCACUUAUGCAAAAAGCAACAGAUAUUAAAAUAUAUGCACUUGACAGAGAUCCCACAGCUUAUGAACUAGCUCGGCAACUUUCUGACUCUUUCCCGCAACAAAUCCAACCUCUUCUAGGACAGUUUAGUGAAUUAGAAACCUUGCUAACUUCUGUUGGAGUUCAGCCAGGGAGCCUAGAUGGUGUUCUUUUGGAUGCUGGUUGCUCCUCUAUGCAACUUGAUACUCCAGAAAGAGGUUUUUCCCUAAGAAAAGAUGGCCCCUUGGACAUGAGGAUGGAUGGUGGCAGGUAUCCUGACAUGCCCACUGCUGCUGAUGUUGUGAACGCUUUAGAUCAACAGGCACUUGCGUCCAUCCUGAGAAUGUAUGGGGAGGAGAAGCACGCCAAAAAAAUAGCUUUAGCAAUUGUUCAGGCACGCAGCGUCUAUCCCAUCACCCGAACUCAGCAGCUUGCCAGCAUUGUUGCAGGUGCUUUGCCUGAUGCGGCUUUGUAUGCUCGAAAAGACUUGCUUCAACGACCUACUCAUGUGGCUACCAAAACUUUUCAAGCCUUGCGUAUUUUUGUUAAUAAUGAAUUGCAUGAACUCUACGCGGGGUUGAAGACAGCUGACAAGUUUCUGAAACCUGGUGGACGGUUUGUUGCUCUUUCUUUCCAUUCCUUAGAGGAUCGCAUCAUCAAGCGGUUUCUUCUUGGAAUAGAUGUCACAGAAAAAUUCAACCUCAGUGUAAGACAGAAGAUCAAGCAAAUAGAAAAGAAUUUUUCAGAUCAAGAGGAGGAGGAGGAGGAGGAAUUUUCCAAUGGAAACUCAAAAUGGGAGGCUAUACAGAAAAAAGUACUUAUUCCCCAUGCUAAGGAUCUUCAAGAUAAUCCAAGAGCACGUUCAGCAAAGCUAAGAGGAGCUAUCAAGUUGUAAAUUAUUUUGUCUAUGUUUAUCCUUAUAGUUAUUCACCAUUAAAGAUGAGUAAGAGACAGAGAAGAUUAUAUUUCAAAAGUUAGUUAUCCAUCAUUGCUAUUUAGAGUACACUUUAUUUUCAGUCUAAUAGGAGUGCUGAAGAAGAGAACACCACUCUUUGAACGUAAAUAUUUUGGUUUGUUGUGGAAAGCAACCUUAAAAUGUGUAAAUUAAAGACAAAGAGUAAACCCUGUUUUCUCAGUUAUAUGUAACUAAUCUUGUUAAAGCAAUAUUCACAAAUACAUGAAAUAUAUGUGGAUCAUAAAAAUAUUAUUCAUUUUUUUCAUCUGCCAUUAAUGCAAAUGUAUACAUAGAACUAUGUGUUAAAUAAGAGUGGAAACAAGAGUAGAAACAGUCAUGAUUUUUAGUUAGUUUCUUUUUGGUUUGAAUAACAACCUUCUCGUUCAAGAAGAAGACUUAUAUCUCUUUAUUUUUUUUAAAAAAAUGUUGCAUGUAAAUGUUCUCUGAAGAAUUAGAAUUAGGAUACAAAGACAAGUUAUUGACUUCCAUAAACAUAUCUAUUGUGUUAUUGCUUUCUUGUGUUUCAAACCUUGUUUUUAAGUGUUGGUAGGCAGUGUGAAAAUACUCACACAUUUUUAUAAGAACUACAAUAUUUCAAAAAUGUAUAAAAUAGAACAAGAAGUAUAUUUAUCAGCCAGAUCUCUAAAAGGCAUCUUUGGGAAGCUCCUAUUUGGUUUUCUUGUAAUUUUGCAGAGGAGAGACAUUUUCAGAAGGGGUCAGAACCAGGUAGUAUCCCAUACACAUAUUUCAAUUUUGACCAAAACCAAUAAUUUCCACACAAUUUUGGGGAAAGAUAUGCCUUGAAAAAUAUAUUCUUUUGCUUUCAUUGGCUUUCCAUUGUAUUUCAGGAACAAUUGCAUGUGUAAUUAUGAUCGCUAAAAUCACAGAUGCCAUGUCAUCUCA